UGUACAUCUCGUAGUGAACCUCUCGCGUCUCGCGAGAAUCAGGAAGUACCGCGCCUGCGCACUGCCAUAGUCCUUGGUGGCGGUGGCUUUCCCGGAGUGUGGUGUGUGAGAGGAGACAGCUAGUGUGGAGGCUACUGCGUACCCUGGGACUUGCCACCAUGAGCAGCACUUUAGCAAAGAUUGCGGAGAUCGAAGCCGAGAUGGCACGGACUCAAAAGAACAAGGCCACGGCACAUCACCUAGGGCUGCUUAAGGCUCGGCUUGCUAAGCUUCGUAGAGAACUCAUUACACCAAAAGGUGGUGGUGGUGGUGGGCCAGGAGAAGGUUUUGAUGUGGCCAAGACAGGUGAUGCUCGAAUUGGGUUUGUGGGCUUUCCAUCUGUGGGGAAGUCAACACUGCUGAGUAACCUGGCAGGAGUAUAUUCUGAGGUGGCAGCCUAUGAGUUCACUACUCUGACUACUGUGCCUGGUGUCAUCAGAUACAAAGGUGCCAAGAUCCAGCUCCUAGAUCUCCCAGGUAUCAUUGAAGGUGCCAAGGAUGGGAAAGGUAGAGGUCGUCAAGUCAUUGCAGUGGCCCGUACAUGUAAUUUGAUCCUGAUCGUUCUGGAUGUCCUGAAACCCUUGGGACACAAGAAGAUAAUUGAAAACGAGCUGGAAGGCUUUGGCAUUCGCUUGAAUAGCAAACCUCCUAACAUCGGCUUUAAGAAGAAAGACAAGGGAGGCAUUAAUCUCACAGCCACUUGCCCUCAGAGUGAGCUGGAUGCUGAAACUGUGAAGAGCAUUCUGGCUGAAUACAAAAUUCAUAAUGCUGAUGUAACUUUGCGUAGCGAUGCCACAGCUGAUGACCUCAUUGAUGUGGUGGAAGGAAACAGAGUGUAUAUCCCUUGUAUCUAUGUAUUAAACAAGAUUGACCAGAUCUCUAUUGAGGAAUUGGACAUCAUCUAUAAGGUGCCACACUGUGUACCCAUCUCUGCCCAUCACCGCUGGAAUUUUGACGACUUGUUGGAAAAGAUCUGGGACUAUCUGAAACUAGUGAGAAUCUACACCAAACCCAAAGGCCAAUUACCAGAUUACACAUCUCCUGUGGUGCUGCCUUAUUCCAGGACCACUGUGGAGGAUUUCUGCAUGAAGAUUCACAAAAAUCUUAUCAAAGAAUUUAAAUAUGUGUGCUCCAGGAACCUGCAUGACAUCAAGUUUUAUUUCUCUUUAGUUUUCCAGUGUUCUAGUUUCCCAGUAAUAUUUCCUUGGACUUUCAUUGUCUUUGAUGACUGACACUUUUGAAGAAUGCUUACUAUGGAUUUGUCUGAUGUUGUCUCUCUCUUUCUUUUCCGCUUCUUGCCCUUUAUUUUUAUGCAAGACUUGUGUUUGAAUGUAGGGCCUCAUGUAAGCUAGGCAAGCACUCUACCACUGAGCUAUAUACCCAGUGCCAAUCUUCUUUUUCCAGAAUUUUUGUCUGCUAAUUUUAACAUCUAUCUGUGGGCUUGUCUUCAACAUUUAUUACUCUUACAUUUGCCUAAUGGUGAUUCUUUAUUUUCCUUUUUCAUUUUAUAUUUAUUUAUUGGAACUCUACUGUGAGCUACAGAUGUCACUUCUCUAUCCAAUCCAUAAUUUAUUUAUACCAACAUGAGCUCUUGGAUAUUCUAUAAGCUACAGUCUUAAUAUUAUCAUUAUUUUGUUGCUCAAAUUUUUCAAGCUUUGACCAUUAGGAACUCUUUUCCUCUUGGGUUCUGUGUUUAUUUCAUAAGCUUCAUCUUUUUUCUUAAGCCUUUGCUUACUUCUUGGCACUACUAGGUAGGUGCUCAUGGUUGAUUUUUUUUUUUUGGUACCGGGACUCAAACUCAGGUCCUU